AUGGUCGAAUCACCGAUGUUAGCAUCCAGUGCUUUACGGAAGCGCAAGAUACUCAAGAAGUCGAUCAACUUUUCCGUCAUGAUCAUUGGCCAAUCUGGUCUGGGGCGGCUGACACUUAUCAACACUCUUUGUGGUGGUAAUCAGAUCGUACCAACAUCUUCUACUGUCACUCAGGAUCCCUUCACGAAAAAGUUGACACUCCGUCACGAAAACGUCGAACUUGAGGAUAACGAGGGCCACAAAAUUUCACUCAAUAUUAUUGACACCCCCAAUUUUGCCAGUUCAAUCAAUUGCGACGAAGACUUUAAGAUCAUUGUCGACUUCAUUCGUCACCAAUACGAUGAAGUUUUAUUAGAAGAACUGAGAGUAAAGAGAAAUCCCAGAUUCAAAGACGGCCGCAUUCAUGCUUUGAUUUACAUGAUUAACCCGACUGGUCAUGGCUUACUGGAGGUGGAUGUCAAAUUCAUGUUGCACAUCAACAACUUGGUCAAUAUCAUUCCGAUUAUUUCCAAGGCUGACUCCCUUACACCACGGGAACUUGCGUUGAAUAAGCAAUUCAUUCUCGAAGAUUUGAAUAAUUACGGAAUCAAUUAUUACAGAUUCAAUGAGUACGAGCACGAGCAAGAUUACAUCGAUGACGAGAUUAUUGAGUACAACAAAUACUUGAAUCUGUUAAUUCCAUUUGCCGUCAUUGGUGCUAACGAGUACCGAGAGCUGACCGAAGCUGAUGACGACACACUUAAGUUGAGAGUACUCAACUCGAAUUGGGCUAAGCCAAUCAAUGUUGAAAACAGUGACAUUAAUGACUUCACUAUCUUGAAAAAUGUCUUGUUGAUCACCCAUUUGAAUGAGUUCAAAGAGUUGACGCACGAUGUGAUCUACGAGAACUACCGUACUGAAGCUUUGUCAGGUAAACAGUUUCAAUAUAUUGGGGAAGGUGAGCGCGAUCGGUCAGCUGCUCAGCCAUUGGAAGAACCGCAAGACUCCAGCUAUUUGGUGAAAGAGGAGCAAAUCAAGUUAGAAGAAGAACGUUUGCGGAAAUUCGAGGAACGCGUACAUCAAGAUUUGAUCAAUAAGCGUCGUGAAUUGUUGGAGAAGGAGAACGAAUUGAAGGAAAUCGAGAAGAGAUUGCUAGCUGAAGGGUUGAAACUUAACGAGGAUGGCGAGGUAGUCGAAGCAAACUAG